UUCACACAAGCAGAAAGCUUUUUUUGUUUGAGCUAACUUUAUACUACUCUGUACGCAUUAAUUAUUUUUGGAGUUGUUUCAAACUUCAAAAUAUGAAGUUGACUUGGGCAUCAGCAGUUGUGCUGGUUGCAGUGGUGCUAUCGGCACGAAGUAGUACUUCGUUACCAGCGACCUCGCAGGAUGGGAACGACCUCACGCAGGAAGACAUCAAGAGCUACUUCGGUGAAAUCACGACGGUUUCCAAAAAUGGUGAUGCGUCAUACGACAUCGUGGACAUUUGGGACCAGUCGUCCUUCUCGGCAGACAAGCUCCCCGUCCGCCACGCCGUGCCCCAUCGCCACCAACACGACGUCCAUUUUAAGGCCUUCCGGGAGGACUUCCACCUCCGUCUACACAAGAAUCCUUGGCUGGUCCGUGAGGGUUUGCGCAUGGAGACGCUCGACAAGAAUGGGACGGUGGUGGCGAGCGAAGCAGUGCGGCGAGAUUGCUUCUACUUCGGGGACGUGGUGUCGCACAACAGCUCGUCAGUUGCGGUCAGCAAAUGUGACGGCUUGGCAGGAGUUAUCGGUUACGGACGACACGACAUUUUCAUCAAACCGUUGCGAAGUGACCACGCGGAGCAAUACAGACGGAGGCGAAGAGAUGCGGUCGAUCCUCACAUCGUGUACAGGCGGUCGGCGACCGAUGGCGACCCAACAGCACACUUCUGUAGCCCACCGCCCCCUAUGAAAGACCCCGAGACAGGCAUGACCGUAGAUGAGGAGAUGGUGGCCGCCUUGGGCGGGAAACUCCUACCGUCCUCACUCCAGACAGGACAGAAGUACAUGGAGCUUAUGAUUAUGGUGGACAAUGAGAUGCGCAAACAUCACGACAACAAUCUGCAGUCUUACGUCACGACCCUGCUAAAUAUUGUCGCGCGUCGGUUCGUGGAUCCCAGCCUGGGUGCCAACCUCCGCAUUCAUGUGGUCAAGUUUUACGUCUUGCAAAGCGACGAAGUAGGCACGGGGUCCGACGGGUUUUCGACGGAGGAUGCAUUUACCGUCACCAGUGAUGGCUACCAAUUACUGAAUGACUUCUGCCAGUGGCAAGGAACGAAGAACGAAGUCGACGAUGCUCAUCCAGAGCAUUGGGAUAAUGCCAUUCUCAUCACCAGGUACAACCUAAUCGACCCCACUGACGGCUCCGAUUCACUACUUGGCCGCGCCCCAGUAGGCGGCACCUGCCGUCACUACCAGCAAUGUUCUGUCAACGAGGACGAUGGACUGGGCAGUGCCUUGACAAUUGCCCACGAGACCGGUCACACGCUGAAUUUGAAUCAUGAUAGCACUUACGGCUGCCCUGACGGUGUUAACAUCAUGUCUGGGAUUCGAUCGGCUGGUGCAGGUGCUCUGUCCUGGUCCAUGUGUAGUCAGACCCACGUCCAGGAGUUUCUCAGAAACCCUGUCAGUAAUUGCCUUAAUGACGAACCUCUGGAAUUGCCGGUCUCCGUGAACGAACUACCAGGAACCAUCUAUAGCUAUGCCGACCAAUGUCAGCUGGCCUUUGAUAGUGACCGCUACACAAUGCCUGUGAAUGGACAGGUGGAUUGUAGUGUAUUGGCUUGCCAAGAUCGUAACGGUGCUUGGCGAUCCAAAGGUGUUCCAGUCAUGGAAGGGACCGAUUGUGGGACUGACAAGUGGUGCCUCGACGGUCAGUGUGUGCAGCGCAUGCCCCUGCCAGAUGCUGUGGAUGGCCAGUGGUCAACCUGGGGUGGUCAGUUUGGAUCAGCCGAGUUUGGGCCCUGCUCCAGGUCUUGUGGAGGUGGGGUCCGGUCCAGGAUGCGCUACUGUGACAAUCCUCCACCCUCCAAUGGUGGUCGAGGUUGCGAGGGAACCAACGUUGAGUAUAUAGUUUGUGAAACCCAGCCUUGUGCUACGUCACAAGAUGACUUUAGAGAUGAGCAGUGCAUGGCAACCAAUAACACACCACUUAAUGGUGUCACUUACAACUGGGUGAAAGGCUUCAUAGCUGACCAAACAGGUGAUGAGCUUUGCGACCACAGAUGCCUAAGCGAGCAGCGAUUCUGGUCUAAGAGGGAGCCCUUCCAGUUUAUAGAUGGCACCCGGUGUUGGCAUGAUGAGAAGAAUGAUGCUGGUAAACUCAAACUGUGUGUCGGAGGUCUAUGCAAGUCAUUUGGCUGUGAUGGAAGGGAAAAUUCAAACGCGGUGUUUGACGUGUGUGGUGUCUGUAAUGGUGAUGGGUCUUCGUGCUCUCUUGUAUCUGAUUCCUUCACGGGUGGGACCACAACUGGUUUUAAUCACUUCCUAACUUUACCUGUUGGUUCAACCAGAAUAGAGAUAAGCAAUGCCAAUUCUGCUUAUACUUACAUUGCCCUGAAAAUUGGGAAUGAGUAUGUACUGCAAGGCUCGGGUAACUACAGGCCAUCGACUGGCCGGUACAGUGCGGGAAGCUCGGUGGUCCUCUACGAGAGUGGGAGUAGUAUGGAAAAACUGACUAUUGCUGGCCCAACCACACAGGAGAUUGAGGUGGAGGCAUUCUUGUUUCUCAACCCCAAUGUCAAUUACGUGGGAGGGGUCAAUGUGCAACCAGAUGUUCAGUAUCGAUAUUAUGCACCGAGCGGUUCUGGGAGUGGCCCGCAAGAGUCCUUCCGAUGGGUAGGCACUGCCUUUUCCCCUUGUACGGCCACUUGUGGGGGUGGAAUGCAGACCCGAUCCGUGACGUGCUACCGUACAGUGAAUGCCCGGGAGGAGGCCGUUCAGGACGCCCUCUGUCCCCAGCCCAAGCCCACCGAACGCCAGACCUGCAACACUGAUACAUGCCCCUUUGUGAUGCCAGCACGCUGGGAGACAAGUGAAUGGUUCCCGUGUUCUGUGACUUGCGGGCAGGGCACGCGCACAAGGAUGGUGCGCUGCAUACGCGAUGGGGUGGAGGCACCGGGAAGUCCCGAGUGUGAUCAAGCCAGCAAACCUGCAGAGCAGGAAACCUGCAAUGAAGGGGACUGCUCGCCAAUGGUUCCUAGUGCCUGUAAUGGAGUGACGGCAGAACCGUCGGGCAUCUUCUACAAUAUUGGGCAGGACACCGAUGGGGCAAGUUGCUCCCAAAUUAUAGCUGCCUCCCCAGGGAAGGAGGUUGUCUUGAGGAUUGUCAAGCUGGUUAUUGACUGUGAUUCAGAGAGCUUCAAGAUAAAAGUUGGACUUAGUGAACAGCGCUACUGUGGAUACAUUACCAACCGGCAGAUAACUGUGGGUCACAACAUCGUCAUUCUUGAACACAAGACAUCCAUGGUUAAUGGUGGCUACCAUAUCAGCUACAGUCUCGCUGACUCUGCCACGCCCCCAAAUCCAUGUGAUAGAGUUCUGACAGUGGCAAGUGGUCGCAUCACUAGCCCCAAUUGGCCCAAUCCCUACGGACCCAACCAGAUGUGUACCACCACCGUCGUGGUCAAGCCAGGCAAGAAGAUCCGUGUCACCUUCCAGAAGUUUUUCCUGGACAGCAAGGAGCCAUUUUGCGGCAAGGACUAUGUAGUGAUCACCGACAACAAUGCUCGGAUGGACAGCCCGGUUUUCUACUGUGGGACCAAGUCUCGGUUCACGUUCCGCUCCAGGAGCAAUAUGAUCGCCAUCACCUUCCGCUCAGACUCAGCUCAGGAGCUGAAAGGAUUCAAAGCUGCCCUGCGCCAAAUCAAUUAGACUAAGGAAAAUUUGAAUCAUUUAUUUAUUUCUCUCAGCGUGAAUCUAUUUGUCAGGUCUAAAAGCAUUACACGAUAAUAACUACAAUAAUAUAUUAUAAUAAUAUGACUUAUUUAUAUAGUGUCCUCCAGUACUGUCGGACUCUCAAUGCACGUGCCACUAUAUUAUCCCUUCUCACUGGGUCUAUACACAUUUCUAAAUUGAACCAUAUCGACUAAACUCCCUAGGGAGUAUAGGCCUAUACGACCAUGACCUUGGUGCAAUCAUUUCAGGUGCUUCCAGGGUUUACCAACUACAAUUACCUCCUCCACCCUCAAAGGGGGUGGAGAGAGGCAAGUGAAAGGAAAGCUAUUUGUCUAAGCUCGCAAUGUAUGCCAUGCUCCAUCACAGGAUUCCAACCCCAACCCUAUGAUAGGGACUCACAAACCC